AUGUUAGACUCUUCGUCUAGUGAAGAGGACGACGGUGACGGCGGAUUUUCCGGUUAUGGUUCCAGGCCUGUUGGUCCAACCCCACAAAAUGUAUCAGCAAAAUUGCACUCCUGCAGAACAUCCGUUUCACCGUCUGCUCAACAUUCUACUUCACAUGGAGGCUAUAGGCAUACCGUGGAUUUAGAUGAACAGUCUUCUCGGGGGAGUAAGAGGGCCAAUGGAUCCGCUGGAGGAGCUGCUGUUAUGUCUCGCCAAACCUCUACCCCCUAUCGUAACGUUCCUCCUCGAGAAACAUGCCAGAUAACAGCCCGUGAUGGCUCGCGUUAUUCUUCCUCUUUUAAAGGUUAUGAUUCAGUUGAUGGCAGUCCUGCUUCCCGCCACGUUUCUCAUCAGCCAACAAGAACGUCCAAGCUUUCAAGUCAACACUCAGUACCUGAAACAGAGGAGGUCGAUAUGUCCUCAUCAACCGCGAGCCUCAAUGCGGCAGCUCCCCCCUUUAACCAAACAGCCACUGCUACUGGAACGCGUGGUAGUAGUAGCUACAGUGUUAAUAGUACGAGCAGUAGUCCUUACUUGGACCAGAAAAUCAGCAACAGCCCCUCAGCAGCUUCUCAAAACCAGGAGGAAAUGGCGGUCUCGCAUCCUCAACAUCAGCAGCAGCCAACUUUGUCCAAAGAUCCAGCCGCUUUGGAGUUAGAGAAAAACGAAAGGGAGGAGCAGGAACGACGCAGAUUAUUGCAGCUGUAUGUAUUUGUCGUACGGUGUAUUGCCUAUCCGUUCUAUUCGAAACCGCCAACUGACUUGGUCCGGCGAUAUUUGAAGAUUACCAAACAGCAGCUGACCACAUUCAAGGAACGUUUCCAAGCCUACCUAAACGGUGAACUGGAUGUGGUCGGUGACGAGGCAUUCACCAACGCAAUUCAAAGUUAUUAUGAGAUAUUUCUUCGGAGCGAUCGUGUAUCCAGUAUGGUUCGCGGAGGUGGAUGUUCGAUGCACGACUUUCGCGAGGUCUUUCGCCUAAAUAGCGAGCACCGAGUCCGAUGUCUCCCGCAAAUCGAAGGCCUCAAUAAAUCCAACGUGGUUAGUGCGUGGAUGGUGAAGUUUGAUCAGAUUUGUCGUGGUGGAGCCGGACCAUCCACGGUGCUGCAAAAAUUGCAGGUCCCUCAACCUGAACUGGUCAUGAGUAAGGAACAAUUAUACGAACUCUUUCAGUCCACUUUGGGGGUAAAAAAGUAUGAGCAUCAAAUUUUGUACAACGCUCUCCAGCUUGAUAACGCUGACGAACAAGCCGCUCAAGUUCGGCGUGAACUGGACGGCCAGCUUCAAAUGGUCGAAGAGCUAUCCAGGUCUCGACAAUAUCCCCGUCUUGUCGUGAAAGAAAUGGAGUCGCUGUACCUGGAAGAGUUGAAGAAGAUGGUUGGUGAACUCAUGCUCCGUUUGGAGGCAGUCCCAGUUACAAAAGGCUCUAGCAGCUUCCAGAAAUUUAAAAAACACAGUCGCGGUCAGGGUUCCACUGGGCCGUCCUCAACCGCUUCCUUGUACAGAGAUCUCAGUGAAGAACCGGCUGAAGUGAAUUUGAAGAACAAAUUAGACAUCCAACUCAACUUUACACUUGAGAUUGUUGUCGGACAGGUACGGAAUCUGAAGUAUCUGCCAGCCAACAAGAUGGUCUACUGUACCAUGGAAGUAGAAGGGUGUGAGAAACUGCAAACGGAUCUGGCGGAGGCAGGGAAGCCCUACCCACGUACAAACAUGACACUUAAAACUAACAAUACUCUCAUUCCACAUCGGCCGUCGCGUAGUGCCAUCAGCCGGGUCGGGUUACUUGCUGCAUACAGCAAGGCGGAUAAGCGCAAACAGGCUACUGUUGACGCCUCCCUUCAUUCUCUCCCACAUAAUUUUUCUUCCCCCUAUCCCCACCCCAUUUAUAACUCUCCUCUUGUAGGCCUAGCACUUAGGACUGAUGACUCCGUUCGUCUUGCAUCACUUUUGCUUGCAGCAUCUGCUCCUCAUAUGGCGCCGACAUCCUCGGGUAUCUCGAAAUCAAUCUCCAAGCCUCGGCACCCAGUCUAUCUGGCCGCCUUCAAUGUCCGCACCCUGAAACAGGCAGGACGACAAACUGAUCUUGCUCUCAUACUGGACUCGCUUGGCAUUGAUGUGUCCUGUGCCUCAGAUACAAGAAUUCAAGAUGCAAGCACAGCGAUUGAGCUAACCACCUCAUCACUAUCCACUCGCUUCCGGCCACGCUUCUCUGGUGAUCUAGAGGCUGAUGCAGCGGGAUGUGCAGGGCUUGGUAUCAUCCUAAGUCACCGGGCGGAAGUAUACUUUCUUGACUGGAUAACUAUUGAUAAUCGCCUCUGUGCGGUUCGUCUGGCAACCUGGGGUACCCAAGGUGAUUUCACCACAACACAACCCUUACCGACCGUCAAGGUCAAACUAUACGCUGAAAGUUCCGGUAUUCUUUCGCUGGACAGCGGCAGAGAACUAGGUCGAGUCGUCGUAAACCCUACAUGUACUGGGAACCGACAGCCAGAGUGGCACAAACUCCAGACAGCCAAGGGAGUUCCCGACGAUUUAGGGAUCCAGCUGACAAUCCGUAUGGAUAAACCAACGAACCUCAAAUACUGUGGAUAUUUAUAUGCUCUGGGUCGCACUGCAUUUAAAAAGUGGAGACGUCGAUACGUAUGCUUGAUUCAGGUUUCUCAAUACACUUUCAUAAUGGCAUCCUACAAAGAACGUAAAUCGGACCCUUUAGAAAUCAUGCAGCUGGAAGGUUUCACUGUGGAUUUUUGUGAUGUACAGCCAGAUUUGGCUGCUAACGGUGGAAAGUUCUUUUUCAACUUGGUCAAAGAAGGAGAUAGCGUAACGUUUGCGUCGGAUGACUCUAACGAACGACAACUGUGGAUUCAGGCAAUAUAUCGAGCCACGGGCCAAACGCACAAACCUAUUCCACCGUCCAAAGAAGGGCCUGCAAUGAGUUCAAGCCACGCCUCUAGCGGUCUGUCUUCAACCGGUUCUCGCCCUGGUUUGGGCAACAGAACACAGGGCGACGUUGAUCGAGCUCGCAAACAUGGUUUAGACGAGUUUGUCAGUGUCGAAUCGUGGCGCAUCAAUCACGCACAACUUUUUCGUCUGUUACAAUCACGAUCGUUGGAACAACGAAUGAAAGACCCAUACGUUUCGCUGGGUUGGUUUAGUCCCAGUCAAAUGUUCAUUUUGGAUGAAUAUUGUGCACGUUACGGAGUUCGUGGUUGCCAUAGGCAUUUAUGCUAUCUAUCAGAUCUGCUCGACCGUGCGGAACAAGGGAUAAUGAUAGAUCCGGCUCUGGUGCAUUAUUCGUAUGCCUUCUGCUGUUGUCACGUAUUUGGAAACGCGUACGUCUCGCAGACUGGAUUUCAGGCUGCUUUUUUCAAUUCUGUUAUCGUAUCACCAUAUGUCCUAAUGAAGGACACAGGAGCACCCGCAUCUGCUGAGGAAGUUCGUGAGGUGAUUCGGCGUUGUCUCGAACAGGCGGCUUUGGUGAACUAUACCAGGAUUUCAGAGUAUGCCGCGAUCGAAAGCGGACGGGACGCAGGAGCUGGUCGGACUCAACAACAUCGCAGCAAAACACUAACCGACUUGAUCCAUCUGGCCGAACUAUGUAUUGAGGUAUUGCGACAAAACGAGGAACACCAUGCAGAGGCGUUCGCUUGGUUCCACGAUCUUCUAACAGAACACACCGAACUUUUUUGGAACUUCUUCUCCGCCGACAUGACUGGCGUUUUGGAGACCAUGCCACCAGAUUGUUGGGACAGUUUUCCCUUAUUUCAACUGCUCAAUGAUUAUUUACUCUCUGAAGAAUCCCUAAAGUCAGGAAAAUUCCACCAACAGCUAACCCAAAUGUUUGCACCCUUGGUGGUUCGUUACGUGGAUUUGAUGGAAACCUCUAUUGCCCAGUCCAUCGGUGUCAUGGAUAGUUCUGCAACAGAAACGCCUGCCGCCCCCACUAGCACAGCUAGUGGUUCCGGUUUCGCAGCGACUGCCUUGGGGAAUGUGAGUGCUCUGACAAACAUGGGAUCCCUUGUUUCUGGCGCAGUGUCCGGAGCCGCCAACGCUGCAACCGCUGCCGGACGAGCAGGAGGUGGCCUCAUGGCUGCAGCUACCGCAGCUGCAAGCGCUGCAACUGCUGCGGCCACCAGCGGUCCUGGUUUUUCCUCCAAUCCUGCCCCAGUAACGUCCAGUGAACUUUUAUGGAAGUUGGAGGCACUGCAAACGUUUAUUCGUGAACUGCACUGGCCAGAUUUAGUGUUUGCCGAGCAUCUGGAUAACCGGCUUAAAAUGAUGGCUGCAGAUAUGAUUGAUGCGGCUGCUCAGCGUUGGUACGAUAUUAGAGAUAUCGCGACAUGUAUAUAUGUAAUGCUGAAAAUUAUUCGAAAGCCGACGACCAGUUUCGUCUUUCUUAGGGCUCAUCAGGAUCUUGUUGAAUUUCGAUUCUCACUUGCUUCACGCGGAGCAUCGCUUCUGACGGCUUCUUAUCUAUUGCCAUCCAACCUUAUUUCACUUUAUAACAUUCACCACUUAUCUGUCGUUCGUAUUUUCCUUAGCAACCUGGUUUGCUUUGAAACCUGGCUAAAGCGCUCGUCCAAAAGCACUGACUUUAUUUUACCCAACGAGUGUUGCAAUAUGAUCAACACGGUGGCCGAUCUGAAAGCGAGCAUACUGAAGUUGUGUACGAAGGACACCAAAGGCGAGGAUAUGCACCAGUACCACAACCAGAUUGAAGCCAAUUUGGAGCGAAUUCAGCGAAAAAUGGCCAUAUUACUGAAUGAGAAAAUGGGUAGCAUUUUGGAGGGAAAUCUGGUUAAGCUGGCUCGAUAUGACGUCAACUCCUUGCUUUCAUCUGUUCUGUCACUGACGAAACCUAGUGACGAAGGAGGAAAAGCCUAUGUAGAAUUUCUGCGUGCCAACCUGGAACAGAUGCGACAAAAGGUUUCUGAUGAGCUGUAUAUUCUCUCAUUCAUGGAGAAACCUAGUGACGAAGGAGGAAAAGCCUAUGUAGAAUUUCUGCGUGCCAACCUGGAACAGAUGCGACAAAAGGUUUCUGAUGAGCUGUAUAUUCUCUCAUUCAUGGAGGUCCGUGAGACUCGUGCACAACCUUCACCAAACACAGUUCCGUCAGAGCUCAUGCAACUACCGAGACCUGUCACUCUUCUCCCAGUAAUAUCAAAAGUAAUGGAACGAAUUAUAGCAGAAGCCCUGAAAUCGCACCUUGAAAUUCACUCCUUGUUGAGCGAUAAACAACACGGAUUUCGACAGAAUCGUUCUUGUUUAUCCAAUCUCCUCGUGACACUCGAUGACUGGACACGAGCAGUCGAUGCGGGAGUUACUGUACAUGCCUGUUACUUGGAUAUAUCCAAAGCCUUUGAUCGAGUCGAUCACACUCUCGGGCUCCCUUCGGAUGGUAUCGCAGCUGGUUGCCGUAAUGGUGUUACGAUAAAAAGACUACUUUUGUUUUUGAAUGACUCCCAUCAACCACCCUCCCCCUCCUCGUUCUAUCCCAUUCAGACUUGGUACAUGACUCAGACAAGAAUGAUAAACGAUUGGUUGAUUGAACGGAAAGGAAAUGCUCUCAGCGCCUAUCAAUUCACUUGUCUGUCCACCAUCGUCAAGAAAAUGUAUGCAGACUUCGAGUUACAAGGAAUCAGUCCGGAUGCACUCGACACUAUGGCUUACAAGACCAUUACUCAACGUCUUCAGAUGGAGGAAACGGCACAGGCGGUUCGCCCCGAAUCCUCAACUAGUCCAACGCGUUCCAUUCUUGGCGGUAUCACUAGCGGUCUGAGUGGUUUGAGCACUGGAUUUCCGAGACCAGGUUUUCUUGGGAAAGGUUAAUUUGACACGGUUCGCUCACGCGCUGCUUACUUGAUAUCCUGGGGUGUUGGUGAUUCGAUCAUCUUCUGUUAGAGUUUAUCCGGCGGACUAACCGUAUAUAUUUUUUUCAUCCUACAGCACCCCCAUCACUACCGCAUUUCAACAUAAAUAGAUAUUCAUCGGGUUAUGGAUCUCCCGCUUUCUCCUCUUCUAAAUCUGCUUACGUACAACUGAUCAUUGAGAUUUACGAGCUUACCAACCACCGCUAUUUCUACUCAGUUUGUAUAUUUUCCAAGUCGGAUUUAGAUGAGUACGUACUGUUUAUUGGAAAGCUGAUUAUGUACAUUUCCCAGUGCUUAAGGUAUGCCACCUUGAACAGUACAACCUUGAAAAAUUUUUAGUCGAUCGACUUUGAAGGGGAACCUAGCGCCCUUCUCACAGGGUUGACCGGAUAUACUGUGAUGGUCUUUUGUUUGUCUUGUGAUCCUCUGGCGCCAUUUCCAAUCAGAUUUACUUUCGUUUGCUUCACGUGUUGAGUCAGCAAUGGGUUGCUGAAUCGGACCAAUUUUACUCUCGCAUAAGUCAUCAAUCUCCAUUGUUUAGUAUUGUUUGAAUCUUUGCUGUUCACUCGAUUGGUUUCCUCGAUUUGCUUCUCUCCCAUCCAGGUCUCACAUAAUCGUUUAUUCAUGGUCUCAUGUACAAUAGCAUGAGGGGUAGUACGAUGUAUGCAGAUUAUAUAGAAAACUGAUUUUAUCACAU